UUCAAAACCGCAAAUAUUUCAUCAAUUUCAUCAUUUUAAAUAUUUUUCGAAUUUAAUCCCGAAUAAAAUAAGUUUCCAACGAUGAAACAUUUAACACGACUGUAUUAUUAUCGUAAUUUCGCUUCGUUCACUUCGUUCACUUCGAUCAAUUCCAUUCAUCGCUACGCUAAUCCACGUAAAGUGAACAUUCUUCGCGAUAAUCUGCACCAUAAACCCUCACCAGCUACUCUAUGCACUCAAGUACAAAAACCAGACACAAAUCACCCAGAAUUAAAUCACGAAUCGAAGCACUUACCCAUUCCACAAUUACUCGACAGUUUAAACUCACGUUUGACCGAAGUACUCGAUAAACCAGUCGACGAAACCGUAACCGAUCCCGAAAUACAGUCCACAUUAAUCGAAUGCAUCCUUCAUCUUGGAAAAUUCACCAACGAUCAACUUCUCCAAUUCAUCGACACGUUGAUUACGAUUAAAUCCAAAGAUGGUAUCGCUUUUCGUAAACAUUCGAUUGCAAAACAUGUCGUAAAACACGUAGACGACGAAUGCUUGAAACGCUCUUCCGAAAUGGAUUUGGAUACAGUCUUACCCAUCAUGGAGAAGUUCAGCAGUUUGAUCAGCAACGGUCAUCGGAGGAGCAGGUUCUUGAUAAGUUUGGUAGCUCGAUAUCAUGAUAAUCUUCACAAAGCACCGACCGAUUCACUCUUUCGUUUCGUUAGCAUUAUAAAUAAACACGAACUCUGGUACAUAGCUUCGCCCAAUCCGUACGAAUUCGAAUACUACCUCGAACAUAACUUCGAUCAACUGAACGCCAAUCAAAUAACCAUAUUGAUCAACCUAUUGAUACAAAGGAAUCAACCCAUCGUCAGCUUGGAAUUAAAGAAAACCAUCUUUUCGUACUUCGUGGAUAACUUGGAAAAGGAUAGAUUACGUGACGAUCACGUGUUCCAUUUCCUCGAUUUGUUCUGCUCGAAAGAAUCGUUCUUCAUUAACAUGAUGGAGUCUUCAACUAACCAUUUCCUGCGUAUGAUCGAUUUCUUCGAGGAAAAAUUCGACCGGUUUUCAUUCAAGAAACUAGCAAUGGUAGCAUUCCUCAGCACCAAGUUCUUAGUACACAGACCCGAGUAUUUGGAUGCGCUUUACCGAAGGUUACUCAUCGAACGUGAUUCAGUCCAGCAUCAGAAACUAGCCAUAGAUCACACAGUGUACACUUUCUUCUUCUUCAAUCAUCGUUUCAACGACGAACAAGCGUAUUCCAACGUGCUAGAAAUAAUUACCUCGGAUCCUCUGAAAUCGUCUUAUAAAAAUACCAAAAGAUAUAUUCGACUGAUUAGCUGGUUUUGCAGUAUGGGUUUCUACCGCGACGAUCUCAUCGAUGAAAUACUCGACGAAUCGUACUUGAAAAAGACCUACAAGAGACUGAAUAGAUUCAGUAUGUAUCCGUACCCGUUACUUAUAGAUUCCAGUAUCGAUAUAGAAUAUCCGCAAUAUAAAGGAAACAGAUUGAGCUCGAAGGUUAGAGAAGAAUUGCACAAGUGUUACAAUUGGGAUUUGAUGAACUACCCUUUACUUAUGGAUUGUCAAUCGGAUCCGUAUCAGUUAACCGACGAUAUCAACCAAUCUAAAUAUAAAGAUGCCCCAGAUAUACUCUAUUGCGAUAUCCUGAAGCAGAUUGGUUCGAUAUUGAAUACGUUAUACGAUGAAGAAAUCACCUACGUGGGUUACGUACUACCUCAUAUGCCUAGACCGAACUUAUUGUUUUGUUUGGACGAGAAUAAUGUUCCUCAGAAGUUGGAUUACCUCGAAGCAACGACGUCUUCGUUUGUAGACUGGAAUGGGUUAGAGUUCAAUCGUAAAUGGUACGCUGUAACUGUAUUGGUGAGAAAUACAUCGAUGAAAAAUAGCGAAGCUGUGCCUUUGGGAAUAGAGGUGACUAAAAUAAGACAGUUGCGAAAGAUCAACUUCGAUGUUAUCAGUGUUGUGCAAGACGAAUGGAUCAAUAUGAGCGAUGAGGAGAGGAGUACUUUUUGUAGUAAUUUAAUUCAACGAGACUGUUGUUGAAAUAUAUUAUAUGUUUUUUUUUUCUAA